GAAUUGUUGCACAGACAUUUCUAGACUUUGUUCAAUUACACAAAUUUGCAGGAAAAACAUCACUAAAUUGUAAAAUUAGCCAUUACAUUUGCCAAUUAUCACGAAAACCGGCACGAUGCUGGAGCUGUAGACUGAUUUGAUCACUGCAUCCAGGCAGUAAUGUCUGGCUAUUUGUGUUCAAGGCUCCUCCUUUACACUGGUGGAAGACAUCUGACCAGUUUCUUUGCACCCAGCCAGCAUGUUUUACCUGAUAAACUGUGUAGAACCUGCCCGCUCCCUUGUCAUGCCCGGAGCUUUUCUUCCCGUAGUCGAUCAGAUGGAAGCUCAGGACAGGAAGGAGAAAACACACUGCAUGCUCCAAGACGUGAACUAGACUUCCAGCUGAGCCGGCUGCAGAUCAACGCAGUUCUGCGUGCUAAUGAGCAGUCCGUUCGUAUUCCAGAGUUUGAUGGCCGUAGUGGUCCCAGUCCAGUGCUGAGGUUUGAGAGCAACCAGCUUUCCGCCAAUACUCCACUAGAGGACCGACGCAGCAGUGCCAGCUGCCUCCAGACUCGUGGCAUGCUUUUUGGCGUGUUUGAUGGACACGGCGGACAUGCAUGCGCUCAAGCGGUCAGCGAGCGUCUGCCUUAUUACAUCGCUGUAUCAAUGAUGUCAGAGUCCGUCCUGGAGGAUCUAGAGGCUGCCAUGGAGAUUUUACGACCCGUGCCGCCCAUUCUGCAGUGGUACAAGCACCGUAACGACUACAACUACAGGGAAUCAGCAGCCCUCUAUGUCAAUCAUUUGCGUGUUUACUGGCAGGAGCUUCUGGCGAGUGAAGAACACGGAGACGGCAUGCGUCCCACAGAUGCUCUCAUCUAUGCAUUCCAACGACUGGACACGGAUCUUUCUCUUGAGGCACAGGUGCCACUCGCAAAUGACCUGAUGCGGAACACGGCCAUCCAGGCCGCCUUCGCUGGCUGUACGGCUUGUGUGGCUCACAUUGGACCAGAAGGUGUGCAUGUUGCAAAUGCAGGAGACUGUCGGGCAGUUUUAGGCGUCCAGGAGCAUGAUGGGAGCUGGAGUGCUUUGCCACUCACACAAGACCACAACGCUGCCAAUGUAACCGAGGUGGAGCGCAUAUGGCGGCAGCACCCGGCUAGUGAACGGCAUUCGGUAAUCGUAGACGACAGGCUGCUCGGGGUCCUGAUGCCGUUGCGUGCAUUUGGAGACGUUCGCUUCAAAUGGAGUCGUGAGCUCCAGCAGAGUGUUCUAGAGAAUGGAGACUCUGAUUUAGAAUCACUGAAUCUUUAUCAAUACGCUCCACCUAAUUAUCUCACUCCACCUUAUCUAGAGGCGACACCAGAAGUCACCUACCACCGGCUUCGACCACAGGACCGGUUUUUGGUUUUGGCCUCUGAUGGCCUCUGGGACGAGAUGACCAGUGAUGAGGCGGUCAGGCUUGUGGCGGAACAUUUGACUGGUAUUCAUCUGCAAGCUCCGGUUUCAGCCAGCCAGCUCAACUUGGGACAAAUGCACCAGCUGCUGCUGCAGCGACGGGCCAGAGCAACACCCGCUUUGGAUUUGAACGGUGCCACACAUUUGAUUCGCCAUGCACUGGGCACAAAUGAGUAUGCAGAGAUGGACCAGGAGAGACUGGCAACUAUACUGGCUCUGCCUAGCGAUUUAGCACGCAUGUACCGAGAUGACAUCACUGCCACCGUGAUUUAUUUUAACCCUAAUUUCAGCAAAACUGCUAACUAAAAAUGACCAACAUUUUAAAGUUUCAGAUCUAAAAUUAUAUUUGAAGAGUUGUUUUCAGCUGUGAAUUUUUUUUUAAUGCAUUUUAUGUGUUUUUCUUGUUCCUUACUGUCUUUUAUAUUGUUGCAUAUACUUAAAAAUGUCUACAGGUGACAUUAAUUUGAGUUUGCAACAGAUGCUUGCAUUUUGUUUUGGAGAAUGUGAAUGCAGACAAUGGGUAGAAUUCAGUGACUCACUUUAAAUGACACUUUAUGGGUUACAAAUGUGAAGGUAAAGUCUUAAUUUGUUUAUGUAGUUCUGUCAGCGGAUACAACUAGCAUGCAUAUCAAAAAGCGUCUCUAUAAUUAAGGCUAGUUAUUUUUCAGCCUCUUGCAAGUGUUUUAAUUAUGCUGCUUUUCCUUACACCUCACACCUUUUAUGUCUCUGAUGGGUAUAGAUCUGUUUUUGUGCUUUGGCUGUUUUGUUGAAAUAGUUAAUGUCUAUGUGUCUUUAAUCAUAGUUAUAUUGAGUUUGUCUAGGAUCUGUUCAAAGAAGUAGUCAUUUAAAGUGUAUUUUUUACAAUACUAGGAUUAGAAUAAUGAUAAAGAUUCUUCUAAUUUAUUCUAUAGAUGUUCCAUAAGACAUUAAUUUUGCUUGCAUAUUUAGCACACUUGGUUCUUUCUGCUGUACGUUGUUUUUUUCUCUGCUUGUGUUAUGAAAACAUUUUCACUUUGCACCUUGUAGUGACUGCAGGUUGUGUCAAAGUACUACAAUGAGUCACAACAAUAUUCUUGUCAAUGGUUAAACUGAUAAUAUUUGCAGUGCCUUAAAGUAUGAAGGUCAUAGGGGCCAAUUUUAUGGAAGGUUGCAUUACACAUUACAUUUUACAUUAACGUUACAUCAGCUUGCAAGUACAUUUCAAAAUCAUUUUGCUUUUGCAAAAUUGUCUGUUCUAUAUGUGGAUAUAUGAAGUAAACCUGGUGCACUAUGUUUCCUAAUAGUAAACAAUGUUUUGCUUUUCUGUGUCUAUUGUUACUAUUUGUUCUCGUCUAAUGUGAGUGAGAGACUUCAGAAACUCUCCUCUUUUGGAAAUUUGGGAAAUAUACCAUAUAUUUUCACUGCAGAAUUUUGUAUUUUUAUUA